AAUCUGGCAACACUGUAAGGACACUCACACGACAUACGGCCAGACAUAACAAACGUCGCAGUGGCUUUGUUAUUGUAUUUAUUUUGGUCCUAAUUACUUUGAUCGGGGUUCCGAACUUUGUUUUUCAGUGUGAGACACCCGAGACCAGUUUCAGACUGCUUCUCCGUCUGCACUUAACUUCUUCCCUUCACUCUGGUGUUUGGAAAUUGUUUGUUCCUCGAAGGUCUUUCCAGAGAUAACUACCCACGGUGUCUUCAAGGUCUGGUUUCUGAACUUUAUCGGCUACAGUAGUCAAAAUGUGGUCUGUGCCUGGAAAGAAAUCUCCUGUUGGUCGUUGCACCCUGAUUCUCCCAGUGGUGGGAUAAUGGGUCAGAAGCUCAGCAACUUCAAGGCAGUAUUUUCUACUUUGGCACAUCAAGAAAGGAGUUAUAAGAUGAAUGGCGAGGCAGAAGAGAAUAGUAACUUUCUACCUGCCAGUAAUAAUAUAAAUUGUGAAGAAGUGAGAAGUGCAGUCCAGAACAACAAUUCAGUUAACAAUCAUUUUGAAUCUAUUUAUGGAACUGCUGCAAGCUUAUUGUCAACGAGCUCUAACAGUUCCUCUCAAGAUGAAGAGAACGGAAAUGUACCUGAGCAUGAGACACAGUCUGCUCCUGGAACACCAAUAGCUGAUAAUGGACAACAUCGUAGAACAUCAAAAUCAUUAUCGUUUGUGAAUAGCAAGAGGUCUCGUUCCAAAUCUUUGCAAACUUGUAAAGAAUUAAGUGAUGGUAGAUCGAAGAAAAAACGUAAUCACUGGGUUUUGAAGUUUAAUUGUUCACGCUUGCGGACUGGAUGUAGUAGUGUUAGUUCAUCAUCAGAAACAUACCUUCCUGAACCACAUACAAGCUGUGAUGCUUGUGUAUGCACAGGUUACAGACGUACUGAAGAGCAUCAUUUAGGAGCAGGUGUGGUGUUUGAAGCUAAUUCAAUGGAUAAUCAGCCACCAGCCCUGGUGCCAACAAUCAUGCAAGCCAAUAGCCAAUCCUCACUGCAAUCUGUAGCGCAAGCUAUACCUCAAACAUCUGCAGAAAACUCCUCAGAAGAUGCUGCUUCCUCUCAAGAACCACCAGUUCCUGUGGCAAAACAUAAAAUCUGUUGUGGGCGUGAUGUUAUUACUGCCCAUGAGGAGGGUUUCCCUGUAGCAAACAGUGUAAUAGAUUUAUCAAAAUUUAAUCCAGAUGAUUACCCAAUUGAAGACUGUGAUGAAAGAGCUAGAAUCGAGAGAGCAAGAGAAAUAGCAGAGGGAGUAGAACCCCCUCCAGGAUUCCAACCUGGACGACAGAUUCAACUUUUGUGCCCCCCAGACUUGAUUGAUAAUAUCACUGCCUUAUUUCAAACUCACUUAGGAUUAUCUGCUUCUGCUUUGACUCCUGCACUAGCACAUUUGGAGCCUGCUGUGAACAAUAAUCCUCCACCUUCAAGAGGUGUUCACACACAAGUGGACUAUAUACACUGCUUGGUUCCAGAUCUACUUCAGAUCACAUCUUGCUCUUUCUACUGGGGUAAAAUGGACCGUUAUGAAGCAGAACGUCUUCUUGAUGGUAGAGCUGAAGGCACAUUUCUAUUAAGGGACUCAGCUCAGGAAGAGUACCUGUUUUCAGUGAGUUUUCGGAAGUAUGGACGCUCCCUUCAUGCCAGAAUUGAACAGUGGAAUCAUAGAUUUAGCUUUGAUUCUCAUGAUCCAGGUGUUUUUGCCUCCAGUACUGUGUGUGGGUUAAUUGAACAUUACAAAGAUCCGACAUGCUGUAUGUUUUUUGAACCUAUGUUAACUAUUCCUCUUCACCGUAAUUUUCCAUUCUCUCUUCAGCAUUUAAGCAGAGCUGUGGUCAGUAGCCAUUCAACAUAUGAUGGGAUAAAUCAUUUGGCACUACCAAAAGCUUUAAAAAGCUACUUAAAAGAAUAUCAUUACAAGCAACGAGUUCGAGUACGCAGAUUUGACAAUGAUCAUUGAUUGUUAGAACCUAUUUAAUUAUUGAGUUGCUCAUUAUGUUGAGUGUCAGAUAAAAGAAGUAGACGUGUUGAAUUUUUCAUUCAAAUAUUGUGUUUUGAAGAUAUAUUUUGUUAAUGUUUACUCUAUUUCAGUUUGUCUUCAUGAAGAUGACUGUCAAUACUGUUAUGUUAGCAUAACUGUGACUCUAAAAAUGAAUUAUUCGCCAUCUCUUAUGAAUUUAGAUAUUUUUAACGAAUAGUUUAUACUUACCUUUGUGAGAACAUAGAUUGGUCCCAACUGUUUUUUGUGCAACCUGUACAGUGUUUUUCCUUUUGAACUAACUAUUGAUUCUUAUUUUCUCCUUAAACUCUAUUUUAAGGGUGUUAUUGAAUGUAGUGUAACUUUAUUUUCGUAAGUUUAAGAUGCAUUUAUCUGAAAGAAGUUUUCUUCUAUACUAGUCUUGUUGAAUCUUUUGUCAACUGCGUUUUCCCUUCCACAUAUGAUGAUAGCUAAAGUUAUUUGUUAUUUGCCUUUGCAUGUGUGCAUGGAUGCUGAAUCCAUUGCAUGUGAUACUUAAUAUUGUUUAAAUAAAUUAAUGUGUGGGUUUUCCAUAUUAGCUGUUUAUCCACUCCUUCAUUCUUGUCUUUUUUGAGGUAAAAAGAUUAUAAUGCAUACUAGUUGUUAUCUCUUUCUUGAUAUUCUGAAAAUGUGAACAAAUUUACUCCUUUAAACCCAGUUUGAUAUUAUUUCAAUGUUGCUACCUAUAUUGAAGGUCUUUUGGCUAUCUUUGAUGAGUGACUGUCAUUUUAGUAUCUUACUCGUUUUAUGUCUACAGGACUGUUACUUUACCACCAACAACUUUUGUAAUGUUAAUUAAUAAGACUGUUUUAAAAGCCUCAAUAUGUAAUGGGACAUAACAAUACUUCCAGUUUUUAUUACAUAUGUCAACAAGUGCUAAAAUAUUUACAUCAAGCUGUCGUCAUACUGAUUGUAUUGUAUUUUGGUGGAUAAAGGAGAUAAAUGUAGCUCUACUCCAACUAAGUAUGUAUUGUUUGUUGGUGGAUAAAGAAGGUAAAUGUAGCUCUUCUCCAACUAAGUAUGCCAGCCCGUAAAAUUUGAUAACAGUGUUCAUUCAAUACUCCUAAUCGGAAUAUCACUGCCAUUAUAUUUUUGUUCUCUUCACUUUGAGUGAGUUUUCAGCGAUUAAGUUAAUGGAAUGGGAAAAUACUGAUGUAGACAUGUGAGGCAUUGUUAUUUUAUAAUUUCUAUAAUUUUUUAGUUGAGCCAUCCUGAGCAAUGGCAGAGGAAACUGGUGACAGUUCUUUCUUUGUUUUGGUUUCUUGUGUUUGUCAAGGAGAGAAGAUAGCAUUAUGCAACUUUCUCUAGUAACAUUUUGUUUUGUAACUGUACAUAGUCUGUGAUUUUACUUUGUGUAAAUUUUAUUUAACUCAGUAUGUGGGUGCAGUUAUUUAAUACUUAUUUCAUUUGGGCCAAACAUGUCUAUUCAAUAAACGUGACUCAAAGUGAAA